CACCACCACUACUAUCAGCAAGCAGCCUCGGGCAGCCCAGCCUCGCUGACUCUGUCCGCCACCGCUGCCUUAGCCAACAUUCGCUCGCCAAAGCCCUCUCGACCGCACGCACGCGCCACCCAGCAGCAGCAGCGGCAGCAGCAGCAGAAGCAGCAGGAGUGUGAAGCAGGGGAGGGAGGAGGAGGAGGAAGGGGAGCGCAUUCAACAAGCCAGCCAAGCCAGCGGACAAUCAUCCACCCGAGUACAGGUGUGUGCAGAGUAAUCUCUCGCCAACGGUCAUCAGCCACCUCAGAACGGGAGUCUGGCUGUUGCUUCGGGAGGUCUUCACAACCGGGAUAACCCCUUUCUGAGACGGAGAAACAAGAGGAGACCAAGGGGGGGGAUCUUACGGCACGCAACAUCCCCUUGAGUUCAACUCCGAGGGAAGGUUCAUUCAUAAUGGCUACGCCGCCCAGCACAGCGGAGAGCGGAGGGGGGGCUGCCUCGAGUGGAGCGGGGAAGGACCCCUCUGCGCGUGUCCUGCGACCCCCAACCGAUUACAACGAUUGGUGCGAAGUGGCCCACGGCUGCACUCGCAAGCUGGGCAUGAAGCUGUGUGGGUUCCUGCAGCGAGGGGUGUUGGACGAACGCGGCUCUGGCGGCGUGCCGGGCUCGCUCGGGAGCCAGCAGAGCCAGCAGCAGGCUGGCGGGGGUCGGCUCGGCGGCGCGGACGGCACCGCCGGCUGCAAGGGAGACGGCGCCGAGAUGGACGGCGACCCCAGGGUUCACCGCCGCGCAGAGGUCAACUUCUCUAACCUGUACGCACGAGACCUGCUGCCAGCCAAGAACGGCGAGGAGGCGACGGUGCAGUUCCUGCUGGAGCUGAUGGACAUCCUGCUGAGCUACAUCCGCAAGACGUUCGACCGCUCCACCAAGAUCCUGGACUUCCACCACCCGCACCAGCUGCUGGAGGGCCUCGAGGGCUUCAACCUGGAGCUGUCGGACUCGCCCGAGUCGCUCGAGCAGAUCCUGGUGGACUGUCGAGACACGCUCAAGUACGGCGUGCGCACAGGUCACCCACGGUUUUUCAACCAACUGUCUUGUGGCCUGGACAUCAUUGGAUUGGCGGGGGAGUGGUUGACCUCGACAGCCAACACCAACAUGUUCACCUAUGAGAUCGCGCCCGUGUUCGUCCUCAUGGAGAAAAUCACGCUGAAGAAAAUGCGCGAGAUCAUCGGCUGGCCCAACGGCGAUGGCGAUGGCGUCUUCUCUCCAGGGGGAGCCAUCAAUAACCUGUACGCCGUCAUGGCCGCUCGCUACAAGUUCUUCCCGGAGGUGAAGAUGAAGGGGAUGGCGGCUGUCCCUCAGCUCGUGCUCUUCACCUCCGAGUGUAGCCACUACUCCACCAAGAAGGCAGCUGCCGCGCUGGGGAUUGGAGCCGACAAUGUCUUUCUCAUCAAAGCCGACCAGAGGGGGAAGAUGGUUCCUGCUGAUCUGGAAGCCAAGAUCAUCGACUCAAAGAAAAAGGGGAUGGUGCCGUUCUUUGUGAGCGCCACGGCUGGCACCACGGUGUACGGCGCCUUCGAUCCGCUCCACGACGUCGCCGACAUCUGCCAGCGCCACAACAUGUGGAUGCACGUCGACGCGGCGUGGGGAGGUGGACUGCUGAUGUCUCGCAAGCAUCGCCACAAGCUCAAUGGAGUCGAGAGGGCGAACUCUGUGACCUGGAACCCCCACAAGAUGAUGGGGGUGCUGCUGCAGUGCUCGGCUAUUCUAGUCCGUGAAGAGGGCUUGCUGCAGGGCUGCAACAAGAUGUGCGCCGGGUACCUGUUUCAGCCCGACAAGCAGUACGACACGUCAUACGACACGGGCGACAAAGUGAUCCAGUGCGGCCGCCACGUCGACAUCUUCAAGUUCUGGCUCAUGUGGAAGGCCAAGGGCACGGUUGGGUUCGAGGCUCAGAUCAACAAAUGCCUGGACCUGGCCCAGUACCUGUACAGGACCAUCAAGAACCGAGAGGGAUACGAACUCGUCUUCCAGGGAGAGCCGGAGCACACGAACGUGUGUUUCUGGUACAUACCUCUGAGCCUGCGAGGGAUGCCUGACGGGGAGGAGAGGAGAGCCAAGCUCAGCAGGGUCGCGCCCAAGGUGAAGGCGCGCAUGAUGGAGGCGGGCACCACCAUGGUGGGCUACCAGCCGCAGGGGGACAAGGUCAACUUCUUCCGCAUGGUCAUCUCCAACCCGGCCGCCAUGCAGUCCGACAUCGACUUCAUGCUCUCCGAGAUCGAGCGUCUGGGCCACGACCUGUGAGGGCAGGAGGCAGCCCUGCCCUGCUGCUGCCCCCCUCAACCUCCCACGCUGCCCCCCCCCCCCCACCGUGGUGCUGCCACCCACCAAUAGGGCCCCUAGGUUUGCCAGCGCUGCUUCCAUGGCUUGGCGAGAGGAGGUGUGUGUGCUGGAUGUGGAGUUCCGGGUGCGGAAAUAUUUUCCGGGGUUCCUGACCCGAACAGAACCGGGUAGAGGUUUAGCUCUGGCUGCUCCCAUGAAUGCCAGCCGGGUGUAGUACUUCAGCGCUGCCCCUCCUACGAUACAUCUUCACCCCCCAUCGCCAUCCACUCUCGAUGAAACCUCAUCGUAGCACCUCUUUCCGUGUGCCACCCAUCUUCGAUAAAUCUUGUAUUGCCGCCUUUCUGAGUAUUUCCCAAAAACUGUUCGACUGCCACCCAAAGUGCUUCCCUUCCCCGUUAGAAACAUCUCCGUGGCACUCUAUCUCCCCGUGGCCGCCCGUCCUGUGAUUUAAAUCUUUCGAGCAUCCCCUCGCUUGGUGCUUCCCUUCCCAGAGCUGCCCCCCCCCCAACCACCAGCCCCCGUUCUCUGGGAAGCCGUAUCGUGCCCCCCACACAGACACAGUGCUUCCCUUUCAGCGCCACCCCUUCUAAGAGCUGCCUUUUGCUAAGCUUUCUACAGCCACCACCUUUACUCCAUACGCAGUCCAGCGGCGUCACACGGGCGACAUGCCAAAUCCAUCUCGACUGGCUGCGACUAUUCCAUGCGCGGAGUACCGUAACUCAGAUCGGAGCUGCAACGCGCUGUUCCACACAAUGCAUCGCAGGUGCCACACGCUCAAUCACUCUGCUGCCACUUCUCCCCCACCCGCCUCUAUCCCCAUUUGAUGCCCACUCCAAUAAUUUUCUGAGUAAAUCGGCAAUAUAAAUCUUCUUCUGCGCCAUGGGAUGUGAAAAGAGCGGCUCAAAUUUUGAACAAACGAUACGUCUUGUAAUUUUCGUUUCAAUUUGACAGAUCGCUGAACGUGGCACGAGCGUCGGCACUUGUGUACGUAUGAGAAAUUACGCUGAGCGAAAGAAGGAAAAAAAAUACUUCUCUAAAUCACACGCACGAGGGAGGGAUGUCCCGACCUUGUAUAGCGGUGAGCACGCUGGACUUAUUAGCCAGAGGUCACCGGUUAGAUACGAUCUCCCGGCGGGGGGCAUUGGAAACGACAAUGGAGCAACUUUUUUUUUAAACCUCCGUUGCCUCUGUACACCCCAGUGCUACGAGAAUUGGUUCACUGAUCAGCGGCUCGACUGCGCUGGAAUCCAAUUUUGGUGACUCUUCCCACUUUGUCCCGAGGACAUCCGGUCAAAUGACCGUGUUACAAGAGGCCGUUCCCUGGCAGCAGCGAAGUGAGCAAAAGAGUUGUAGUCCUGCGUAUUUACCUUUUUUUUGUUUUUCCAGUCUUCAUGUUGCGUUCACAUGUUCUUGUCACCUCUCACGGCUACCCGUCUCUUUUCAUUGUCGAUCCAGCCAGGGGCAGGCUGCUGUUGUAAACGCACAUUCCCUCCUGGUGGACCUUGCUCGCUGGACACCGACAGCCUUCUCUCAUGUCCUGUAGCAUGUACUACACGUGUACACUCUCUUCGGGGUGGCACAACAGAUGCGUUGCUUGCCUCACGCUGCCGCUAGCCAAUCUCACACUCGCCCCGAUCCACUGGCCACUUUGACGUACGGUUUGCCGCCUGUCCUGAUCGUCCACUUGCUGAUGGAGGCAGCCAUCAAAAUCAACAUCCUUGAUUCCAAUUUUGUUUUGAAAUGCCCAGCGACGAUCACAAAUUGCUGUAGGUAAUUGCAGGAAAAUAGGUUCCAUUAUGUAUACAUAUGCAAUCGAACUUCGCUCUUGAACUCAACCCUAUUACCCGUGGUUCUUAUUACUCCCAGGACCUAUAGAAUUUACGAAAACUCCUAUUAUCCGCAGCCCCAUUGUUCCUAUUGGUCACGGUUACCGGCUGUUUUUCUUGUCCUGCAUGGCACGGCUUUCUAUUAUCCACACAUUUUUCGCGAGUUUCCAUCGGCAAAUUAAACCCGUUCGCAAUAAUCCCGUUUUUUGGGGUUGUUGCCUGCAACAGACGAGUGGAGUCAAAUUUGGGGACUACAUCCCCCGAUAACAGCUCCUGCGUUCCCAGUAAACGUGCAACGUUGACCCAACGUUGGGGCCCAAACCUUGCACGUCUUGCUGGCUUGUUCAUAAACUCGCAUCGCAAAAGGAGGUUCUCCGUACCUCUUUCAGUCUCGCAGGUUUCCAGUGUGUAACCUUUUUGUACAUUCGUUUGGUUGAAAUGAGGGCCAAAGAUUUCCGAUGAUUUUGAAAUAGAUGAUGAGAUCUUGCGAUAAACGCUUUGAACAACAAUCUACUCCGAUGUUUUGUUUUUUAAAGACGGAAAGUAAAUUAACAAAGAAGCACAGGGCAAUACGCAGCAAUGUUGUAUGCUCACAGCAUGUGCAUUAAACUAUAUAUCAUAAUUCAACUGAAAUAGCAUUCGGGUUCUAGUGAAGACAACUCGAGCGUGUCACGCAGAUGUCUAUGGAGAGGGGAGAUAGCGCCUCUGUGCGGUGUCACGGGGCAAUUGUAAGGAAGGGUUUGGCUGCUUGAUGGCAGGUGGAGGGUCCCGUUCAGGGUUAGUGGGGAGCGGUGGUGUAGCGGUUAGCGCUACGCUCUACUGCGAAACUUGGCGGACCCGAGUUAGAUUCCCGCUCACGGCACAACACCAGUGAUGAUUAUCUGAACCGGUCUUGGGCCCUCCCCUAGGUCAACUCGGCCUCCAAAUGAGUGCCUGGUGCGGUGUGUGAACAUCGCCACUGGGGGAGACAAAGGCGGCCGGUGCGUGGUUGUUGGCCACUCGCCCUUAAUAGGUGCUCGCUAACAGCACUUGCCCCAACAGUGUUACAGGCUAUAGGGGGGACCUUUGGCUGCACCGCUGGUGUUGGAUGGGGACAGCGAUGCUGCGACAGAAUUGGCAGCAGCUCGAGGUCGAGUGUGAAUGUCACCCAUCUAGCAACUAUUCGAUUUGGCUGACUAAAGGGGAACGGUCUCCUCCGUUACUUUACACAAACUUUCGUUUGUUAUUUUGAAAUAAAGUGUAUUUUGUUGCAAUAACAACCUCCCCCCCCCCACCACCCCCACAAUGGUUCUAUUUUCUUCGCAGGCUAAUUAAGUAAGCCUCGGAGGGGCCCCAUGAUUUCUCACCUCGAGCUUGCCCGCUUUGAGACGGCUGUCAUGUCCCGGGGCUUCUCGAGGUGAUGUAAGAGGUAGCAAAGAACGGGGGCCUAUCUCAAGUGUAGCAGGCUUUGGCUCUAAAUGGGUCUCUGUGUGGUAGUAAACACUAAAAAGAAAAAUCAGUAUUUAGCAAAGUACGAAGCAACGACGUUUUAGCAUCAAACGUUGCAACACAAACUGCGCAGUGAGAAUUCGUGACCUUUGUCGACCUCCAACGUGCGUGACCCCCCCGCUGCCCCACGUGGUGUUCUUUGUGAGUCUGUGUGCCCCCCCCCCCCCAUCAUCAUCAUUCGUGUGCCCGUGUGGUUACAGGGUGUUUUCAAGACCGUCGUAGUUUUCACACCGUUUUUGGUCCCCUACCCUUCGCGUCCCCCCCCCAUCCCCUCCCCUCCCACCAACCUCUCCUCCCACUCGGUCGCUCGGUGUCUCGUCCGGUGCUGUCAACUCUGCGACGCUGUCGCCUUUGACGAUUUGAUGCGCGAACAUUUCGAUUGUGUUUUGCGUGUCGGGUUUGCCAACGGCAAGACAAAAGCGGUGUUCGAUUUUUUUGUGUCGAAGCGAACGAGCGACAAAACUUUUUCCCGCGGAGCGAUUUUUGAGUUUGUGUCCAGGUGGCGUGUGGCUUUGUUUUGAAGGUUUCCCGUGUUAGCACUUCUUCGUAAAUUGCCAGGUGAUAAGACUUUUGGAAGGGUCUUUCUCGCGACUUUGUGAAGUUUUUUUUUCGUUCGUUUUUGGUGAUUCUCCACUUGUCAGGGAGAGUUGGCAACGCCGGUCUUUUCGGGGCACCCCACACCCCCCCCAAUGUCGCGUCCCCCUGUGUGACCUUGCGUGACCUUGCGUUGUGUGGCACCAAAUAGCAAUAGUGGUGGGUUGUAGCUAUUAACUGUUUCUCGCUGUUAAGAACUGAUUUUUCUCUCGAACAAAUUGCACUCGAGUUUAAGAAUAUAUAUAGAUUGUGUAUAUAUAUAAACCGUAUAUUGCUGUGAUUUGCGAUGUAACUGAAUGAAAUGACGAACAACCCUGUAGCUUUAUGGAUUGUUGGGGGGGGGGGUGGAGGAGGUUAAUGUUAUGUCAGCAGUGAAAACACAAACACCCCCCCCCCCUCAUCUUUCCCCACCAUCUACCCCGAAACGACAACCAACUUUGUCCACUCAACCCAACUUUACGAGCACCUCCAACUGAAAUGUAACCAACGCAGAGUGGAGUCAAACGGGUUCAGCCGUGCAUGGCAGUCCCCCCCCCCCACCACCCUCAUUCACAAACGAGUUUAUCCUGCCCGUACCGCCGUGGUUGUUGGGCACGUGUCGCUUCCGAAGAAGCUCUCCGGCACGUGGCACGACCCUCAAACGCGCGCAGGAGGGAUGACCACCACCACCAACAACAGCUACAGUUGAGUCAUCACGGUGGCAACACAAACACAAAAAACACACAUCAACCGCCCAUAGCAGAGCUGUGGGCCUACAAUAACACGCGCGGACAAAAUCUCGUUCGGCUUCCCUCGACUUGCCAACAUUUCACGUUCCGCGUGAGGUUUGAAAACCUCUCCUCCUCCUCCUCCGACCUUGCAUUGCGAAUCGCCUCCAUUCACGUGCAUGGCUCCGAGUUGACACGCGAUUCAAUUGCACGUGCAAACCCGCGUGUCUUCGCAGCGAGUGUGUGACGGCCGCUCUCUCUCUCUCUACUUUCAGAGGUACAGACAAGGUUCACGCUCGUUGCGGUUGUUUUAAAACAAGCAGCGGUAACUUUCAUAGACAACAAACCUAAUCUACAACCAGGGAUGGGAACCACCGGGUGUGUGUGUGUGUUGUCGUGCCGAAGAAGACUUGACGCUAUUUUGUCAAUAACGCUGUUUUGUUGGGAGGUCAAACAAAAAUACCCCCCCCUUCUAGUACCCAAUUAGUACGGCUCCGAUGCUUGUACUGUCGUGAUGGAUAAAUAACAACAAAAACGGCGAAACAUUGCCGUUUCAAUGCGGUAGGCCUCCAAGAACCUCUGGCCGUACGAAAUGAAGUCUGGGAUUUUGGCCCACGCAUCAUAGUUUCCAAUACUGCCCUCUCUGUUAAAGCGCCGUUCAAUCUCCGAAAUCUACUCAACUAGAUCGCUAAUUCCAUCACGCGUGAAGAUUUACAAACGUUCACUACGCAUAUACUACCCCAGUGUUUAUACCAAGUAAUGCAAACAUCCAUUCCAGUCAUAAUUAAAGAGUUUUUUUUUGUUUUGGGUUAGAUCGCAUAAAUAUAAAUGCGUCGUUUGUAAUAGCCUACGUGUUUAACAAGAAAUUCGCGACCAAUAUCCAUUCUAGAGGUUUUUGGGGUUAAUUGCUGAAUUUAUGAAUAAAUAUAAAUGCAUCGUUCCACGACCACCACCCGGCACGGCCAAUUAAUCAGGUUUGUCGCGUAAACAAAAACGUGCUAAUUAGUUACCACUUCAGCACACAACACACGCCGUUUACAAUUCGAGUACCGUCACGUCUCGCUGGUGAUGACAGCCAUCUCAUUUACCGAUUCCUCGUCUCUCCACCCGGCAGUACAAAUCGGUGGGUCCGAAGGUGGCGUGUGGAGGAGUUUAAAGCGGUGGGGUAUUAUAUUCCAACACGUCCGGUCAACGUGGAAGAGUAGACCAAAAAAAACAAUCCCCCACCCUGUUGAGUUUCCUCUCGCGUGGAGUGGCCACUUUUCCGUCAGUGGCGUAAGCUCGCAAUUGCAGGGCUGCGCCUUUAACCGUAAAUGUUAUUAUCACAGUUGACUUUGUACUCGUGAAUAGCCACCACCGUGUUCCCCGCUACAGUUCUACUGAAGUGAACGAGCAGGUUGUGUUACACGGGGCCGGAUUCAGGCACGGGGCUUUAGGGGACGCGGCCCAGGGGGCUCUCCGUCAGCUGGAGGGCCUCCAGAGAAGGAGUGAAAAGUUAUUUCAGUUGUGAACGCUGAAUUGUAUUUUUUUUAGCCUUGUAGAAAUACUAUUUGUUUAUCUUUAAUUUUGUUUUCCUUUUGGAAAUAUUACUGGGGGCCUCGCAGUACCUGUAGCCGAGCGGGGGGCCUACAAAUCUUAAUCCGGCCCUGGUUGUAUAUUGGGACUGGACCUACAGUAAAGAAGGAAUCUAUUGCGGUCGCAGUAUUUACAACAAUGUAUCUCGCCAGACGUUAUGAUAACAACGUGCAAUGUUUGACCGUGACCCCCCCCUACUCCCAGCGCUGGGUGUGUAAAGUUGUGAUGGUCUCCCCCGUGUGUGCCGUCUCCCUGCCCACCCACUCCACUAAUCCUAACCCCCGCCAAUAGGUGUGUCCUUAGGUGCUUACAAUAGAUGUGGGUGUGUUUACACGCUUGUGCUUUGUAGAUCAAUCGGUGUGUGUGUACACAGUCGCUUUAAAAAUGUUCGGGUUAAACAAACACAAGUCCAGUGCUUAAUUCUUGUGACGGCAGAAAUGCCCUCUUUUAGAACGCUUUGAGAAACAUUCCACGUUCCUAUGGCAGGGGCAAGUAUAUUAUUAAUGAAUGCGAAGACGACAGCUGGGUAUUUCCCUGACAGAGUGGUGCUUAUUUUACUGGCAAUGGGAGGAUGAUAAUGAUGAUGAUCUUUGUUUUUGAUGAUGACUGAUGAUGACUGAUAAUGGUUGAUGGUUACGGUGAUGAUAAGUUUACGCCGUUCUGGAUUGGAACUCUCAUUUCAAAGCUCGAUUCGAAUCAAAUGGAGAGACCAAACACUGACACCCAUACAGAGUCGCGGGGCAAUGCUUUAUCGAUUGUCCAUUUUAAUAUAGAGUGCGUUUCACGACGCGCGUGUCGAAUCACGCCUCCCUAAGAAUUAUAUUCGUGUAAGCUUGUUAAGUAAUAAUGGUUUAACAUUUCCCCUGCUGCCGCUAGUGGCAGCAUUCGCCCACAGUGUUGUACAAAAAUACGUGAUUGUAGUCGAUCCGCGUUCUUGCAUUUGUGAAGGACUUGGCUGCUUGAGAUUUUUAGUCGGGGUUUUUCGCACAUAGGAGAACCAUUUGGUACCCAGAGAAAACCUUAUCGUAUGAUAGGGGAAAAAUCCGUCAAACCUACUUGCUGUACUUCUAUAUAAUUGUCCACCGUAUAGCGCUGCUGGAUUGGAGCUGCCAAACAACUUGCGACCUGACGCUCUGGAUUGCAGGCGUAUGCCACCACAAUGUAUACAUAACUAGUAAUAUAAUAACGUACUGCAAUAAUACAACAUGCCUCUGUCAAUCCACUGCUGGAUGAAGGCCUCCCCAUACCCUAACACGGUUUUCAUCCCAUGUGCAAUUUGUCAAAUACCUUGAAAUCGGGUCCAUUUCCAAAAGGUUUAAACCGUCAGUCGGACGGUUCAUGCCUUACUUCCGCAACAGUAAUACAGAAGUACAAUUUAAAGAUAUACAGCAUCUAAUUGCAGCUCAAACUUAGUCCCGUUUCAGUUCAAUCGUUGUCAAUGUCUAUUUGGCCACGCAUAAUAACUACUAGACACUUUAUAUACGUUUAUCGGGAAUGAAUAAUAAUCGUAAUUAUAAACCUUACCACGCCGUAAUAGGUUGAACAGUGAUCACUCUGUUCGGAGCACGUAGGUGCUGACAAGGUUUACGAGUUGGAAGAUUUUCAGAGGUGACGUCCGUCACGAUGGUGGAAUGACUGAGUGUGGAAUGAUGCGAUGGGGAAUGAUUGGAUUUAAGGUGCGCGGGUUACCCUUGUAUUCCCCAGUGAAAGCACAUACACAACGGGAUUUUAUGUAUAAAUAUAUUUAUGUAUACAGUACAGUAUAUAUAUAUAUACACAAGCUCGCAAGUAGGGAAUUGAAUUCCAUGUUUUCGGGUUGUGCCGAUAUCUCAAUGAUUCUGCUUUUGUUUUUGUUUUAAAGCUGCAUUUCUCUUACAGAGUUUAAAUGUUCCCCUUCUCCAAUGGGCAUGUGAUCGCUCUCAUCCAGCUGUAGGAAUUUUACUUGAAUGACCUUGGAGGGAUGAUGGGCUGAAUUGACAUUCACCAGGGAUUAGGACUCAACUUUAGCAGUAAGCGCCGGUGGUAUAAUAAAAAAAAACAUUCGAUGCUGUUACAAUAGACGUCCUCCAGGAGUCUGGUGACCCAAAGACCUAAGAGCAGAUGGUAGGAUCGUGAAGGUUGGUGCCGUGUCGACUGAAACAGACCACAGCCGACGCCUGCGGGAUUUUUUUUCCAUCUGAGCCCCGGGAGGGACACGUGGGUAGAGCGAUGACGACGUGGCGGCGGUGGUGGUGGUGACAUCAACAGCGUUGGCCUUGGUGACAUUGCGAUCUUGUGGUCAAAAGGAAAGUAGAGAUGUAUUCGAUGCGAGGGGUGAUGUUAAGGCUCUAACGGGCUAAUCUAAAGAGCGAACUGCUACGGUGGCGAGAUGUUAACUACCUCGCCUGGUAUGCAGGAGGUCGUGGAUUCGAUCCUGACGUCUGCUGUAUAUUUGUACUCUUUGGUUCUUUCGGUAAAGUCUCACGAAGGUAGAAAAAAUAAUAAAUCGAAACGUCGUGAUCUAUUGUUUUUUUCUACCUACGUGACUUUACCGAAAUAACCAAAGAGUGGAUUCCUGCAGUCACGAAAGCUUCAAAUCUAAGAUUGUAUAUUUGUAGUUUGCAUGUUUUCCCCGUGGUCGUGUGGAUUUUUAUCCGGGUCCUCCGGUUUUCCCCUCCCACGUUAAGAAACAUGCGUUUAGAGUAUUUGGUUGCUAUACAUUUCCACAAGCCACUUCGCUAUCAUGUGUGGCCAGGUCGCUUCUGAAAAAAACUAUAUAGCUCAGUGGGCCUCACCUGGUGAAAUAAAAAAAAAAGUUUAUAACGAGAGGGUCUCGAUGAAAAAUGAGUUGUAUCUCUACGUGGUUUAAUUAAAAUUCAAUAGACUUUGGUACCAUCGUCGGCAUCAUCGAUGUCCCAAGGCUUUAACUCAUGCCCAGAAGGACUCUUUAACGAAUUCCUCAAAUCACUCGGAGCUCACGUCUCGUCAUCACCGCUCGAAAAAUCCGGUUUCCCAGCAGGUUUAGCUGCGGAAACUUGUGGGAGCCAGGUUUGGUGGAUAUGGAUUUCUGCAGAUUUCUCUGGAUGUUUCUGCAGACGUCUGACUUUUUGAGACGUUAUCUACCGUUUAAUUAACCCGCAUGUCGGUCAGAACUAAAAAAUAUAAAUAGACAAGACGCUACAAAAUUGAACUAAGGAAUAGAUUUAGUAUUAUUGACCCAAAAUCGUGACCCAAUUUAUUGACUCGCUGAGAUAAUUAAAGUGGUUACAUGCUUCCCUAAACAAGGAACAAACGAAAAUAAACUGAAUAUAAGCGGUUUUUCAAUAGGUUGAAUAAAACACCAAUAUAAGUUAUUCAUCUUCAAUGGUUUUCAUAUGGUUUAUUAAAAUACGUCAAAGUCGGAAAUCUCAAUGAAAUUUACCCGGUUAAAUUCCACAAAAUCUCAUGAAAUCUCCAUGUUGUAUUUAUAACUGUACAGCCCUUUUAGAAACCCUCCACUGCUGGAUGAAGGCUUCUCCAAACUGCCGGUUCGGGUUGUUUGACCGCAUACCUCGCCACGUCGGCCAGUGCGGGUUUGUGAAGGUGCCGCUACCACGACCGGUUCGGAUAUCGCUCCCCAUUCUUGUUCGCCAUGGCCGAGAAUCGAGCUCUGCUCGCCAGGUUCAUUGCGCAUCACGUAACCACAAAGCUACCGUUCGACCUUCGCAACUGGUUAAGUAAACUUUAAAAAAUUAACCCGUAAAAACAAAGUUUUUCACUAUAAAUCCUAUAUAUGCGUGGCGGCUAGAGUCCUCUCGUCCUCUGGCUUGAGAUGGCUGCCACCUAUGGGUCAGAUGAUUGCCUGCCACCAUUAAGCAAUUGGUAAUUACAUAUAAAAAAAAAUCCAAAAAAGUGUACAAUUUUGGAAAAAAAAUUCACGAAAAUAAAUUGUCACGCACAACGAGUCUGUGUGCAAAAUGUCAGUUCGAUUGGAUCACGGGAAGUGGGUUAAAAAACAACUGAAAGAUUUGCACGGUCGUAAGCGCGCAAGCAAGCAAGUGAACUUAAUAUAAAGGAUUUAAAAAGGUCCAUGAAUCUCAAUAGCCCUAAACAAUGUUGAAUAAAGUUCGAUGCUUUUACCAACAGCGACAAUUGCUGAAUUAUUCGUUCAACGUUACUCCCGGUAGGGUGGAAAUCUUAACAAAUAUGCCAAAAAAACUGAAAACAUGGAGUUCUUGAGAUGUGUAUAGUGAUACGGAAUCCGAGAGGACUGGCGAUUCACUCGUGUGUGUGUGUGUAUAUAUAUGUGAGAUUAGGCGUUUUUGAUCCUGUCGGUUGUAAUUAUUUUUGUAUCUGUAUUAUGUACUAUCUGUUCCUGCGUGGCAUUCGUGAGAGUCGCAUUAUAUUUAAGAAGUCUAUGUCGAGCUUACAAUAAACCCAAUAGUUUUGCAUUA